GAACUGCGUCAAGUCGGGUUGGGAAGUCUUUUUCUUCGGCCCCGCUGGUAUCACCUCGCCCGGAGGAAAGGAAAGCCCCUCUCUCUCUCUCUCUCUCCAAUUCCAACGAGGAGAGAGAAAGAAACCUCCUAGCCUCUUCACUUCUCUCGCUUUGGAUCUCUCUCAUUUCCUCAAUGGCGCGUCCAACGUCACGUUUCCCCGCGACCGUCUUGAUCCUAUUUUCCUUCCUAUUCAACCCCUCCGUCGUCCUUCUCUCCUCCUCCGCUCCACGUAUCUCCGACGAAUCCGCCUCCCUCAUCCUCCGACCACCCCACGGCGGCGGCAACCGCCACACCAUGUUCCUCCCCCUCUUUCUCUCCCCCCACGGGAACUCAUCCGCCUUCGCAGGCGUGAAUUCCCGCCGCCAUCUCCACGGAUCCGACCCGCUACGGCCCAACGCCCGCAUGCGCCUCUACGACGACCUCCUCCGCAACGGUUACUAUACCACAAGGCUGUGGAUCGGGACUCCUCCGCAGAACUUCGCACUAAUCGUUGAUACGGGGAGUACUGUUACUUAUGUUCCCUGCUCCACUUGCGAACAGUGUGGCAGACACCAGGAUCCAAAGUUCCAGCCCGAAUUGUCAAGCACCUACCAACCUGUCAAGUGCAAUAUUGAUUGCAACUGUGACAAUGAUAGGGUGCAAUGUGUUUAUGAGAGACAGUAUGCCGAAAUGAGUUCUAGCAGUGGUGUGCUUGGAGAGGACAUUAUGUCCUUUGGCAAUGAAAGUGAGCUUGUACCCCAGCGUGCUGUUUUUGGUUGUGAAAAUGUAGAAACUGGCGACCUUUAUAGUCAACAUGCUGACGGCAUAAUGGGUUUGGGUCGUGGUGAUCUCAGUGUCGUGGACCAACUAGUUGACAGAGGCGUGAUAAGCGAUUCCUUUUCUUUGUGUUAUGGGGGGAUGGAUAUUGGUGGUGGUGCAAUGGUUCUUGGUGGCUUUUCUCCCCCUGUUGCCAUGGUCUUCACCAAUUCUGAUCCUGUGCGCAGUCCAUAUUACAAUAUUGAGCUGAAGGAGUUACAUGUUGCUGGGAAGCAGUUGUCUUUGAACCCCAGAGUUUUUGAUGGAAAACAUGGAACCGUCCUGGAUAGUGGCACUACUUACGCUUACCUACCAGAAGCAGCAUUCCUAGCAUUUAAAGAUGCUAUUAUAAAAGAACUCAGUUCUCUCAAACGGAUUCGUGGUCCUGACCCCAAUUAUAAUGACAUUUGCUUCUCUGGUGCUGGGAGUGACGUCUCAGAACUCUCAAAAUCCUUUCCCACCGUUGACAUGGUAUUUGGCAAGGGACAGAAACUGUCACUAUCUCCUGAAAACUACUUGUUCCGUCAUUCAAAGGUUCAUGGUGCCUACUGCUUGGGUAUUUUCCAGAAUGGCAAGGAUCCAACCACCUUGUUAGGAGGAAUCAUUGUCCGCAAUACUCUUGUGAUGUACGACCGUGAGCAUGAUAAAAUUGGUUUCUGGAAAACUAAUUGUUCUGAGUUAUGGGAAAGACUUCACAUUGCUGGUACUCCACCACCCAUGCCGUCAACUUCUGACAGCACAAACUCAACUGCACCGGCUCCUGCUGGACCCCCACAGCAUGAUUUUCCUGGACAGUUUCAAGUUGGACUAGUGACAUUUUACAUGUCUUUGAGCGUCAAGUAUUCAGACCUGAAGCCUCAUAUGACAGAACUUGCUCAGUUCAUUGCCCAGGAGUUAGAUGUUAAUACUUCACAGAUCCAGUUACUGAAUUUUACAGCUAAAGGAAAUGAUUCCCUGAUAAGAUGGGCCAUUCUGCCAGCAGGAUCUACCGAGUACUUUUCUAAUGCCACUGCAAUGGGUAUUAUUGCACGGUUAGCUGAACAUCGUGUCCAGCUUCCUGAUACUUUUGGAAGUUAUCAGUUGGUUGAAUGGAAUAUUGAGCCCCCACCGAAACAGACGUGGUGGCCGGAACAUUACAUGGUUGUGGUCGUAUCAAUCGUUGUUGCAUUAAUUCUUGGAUUAUCAGCAUCCGGGGGAUGGAUUAUUUGGAGACGGAAGCAACAAAUGCUUAAUUCAUAUAGGCCUGUUGAUGCUGUUAUUCCUGAGCAAGAACUCCAGCCUCUGUGAACGCAAGUUUUUCUUGGCCUUAUACAUCAUGUAUAGUGCAGUCUAGCAUUUUUGGCUCCCAAGUAAGGAUGGUUGAUUUCCGAAAGCCCAGAUACCAAACUGAUCAAAAUUUCGCCAAGGGAGGAUACAUGCAAACUAACCUUUCAGGGCUUUAUAUGAUGAUUUAUUAAUUGAAAUAGAUUUGCAACAGGGAAAUUGCUUACAUGUGUGAAUAUUCUGAGACAUCAUAGAAUCAAGGUCUGAUCAAUAGGCAAAUGGUUUUUCACUUUUGGAAUUUCGAUCCGAGUGGCUACUCAUAUACAGUUGUAGGAACAUGUGUAGUAAGGCAAGGAACUGUGCUGGAAAUUACAGAAAUUUGAUCCUUCUUUUUAUUUUAUAGAAUUUGUUAGGGCUGUUAGGCCUGUAUUUGGAUAAUUGUUUGGGGAAUUUUUAGGAGGCUUGUCUGCGCUGCAGGAUUUUCCAUUCCGUAUUUUAUUGAUGUUUACUGAAUUUUCUGGUCA